AUGAUCUCUGAUGGAGGAGCUGCUGGAUCCAGCCCAGUGCCAAGACUGAUGGGCUUCCUGAAACUGGAGGAUGGUAAGUUUGGGAUGGUGCUUCCAAGAAAGACCCUUAAGGAAGCGAAAAGAUGCCCAUACCCUAUUCAGCUGGAGGCAAUUUAUGAAGUGAAAGAAAGAACUGCCAAAAAACACCCAGAGAGCAGCUCAGGUCAGAGAGAGGAGCAGCAGCAGGAUGAGGGACAGAAGAGGAAGGUGGCAUGGGCAGGAAGAAGUAGUGAUGAUCAUGUGAAAUUGUUACUUUUAAUAGACUACAUCUUCAGCCGUUACACUGUGGGCGAUCAGCUGGGCAAAGGUGGUUUUGGUGUGGUGUAUGAAGGGACACGUCUGCAGGAUAAUCUUAAAGUGGCUUUGAAAUACGUCACAAAGACCCAAAACACAACAUGUAUAUUCAUUCCUGAUCAUCCACAUCCCCUUCCAAAAGAGAUCGCCCUCACCAUCCUGGCGAAUAAAGGUCCCAGUGUGCCGCAAAUAAUCAAGUUACUGGACUGGACGGACCACCCUGACCACUUCGUCAUGGUCCUCGAAUGUCCCUCUCCCUGUGAGAAUCUCGUGGAUUUCAAAAGACGUCACGGUGGAAGCCUUGAUGAGGAAACAACACGGCAGAUCAUGUGGCAGGCGGCUCACGCAGCAAACAUGUGCCACAUCCGCAGAGUGUUCCACCGUGACGUGAAACUAGAGAACAUACUAGUAAACAGGGAGACAUCCGAAGUCAGGCUGAUUGACUUCGGAUGCGGGGACAUUUUGAGGAGGUCACCGUACAGGUCAUACUGUGGCACAGCAGUGUACUCCCCUCCAGAGUAUCACAGCAGGGGGAAGUACUACGGCGGGCCAGCGACGGUCUGGUCACUAGGGAUGGUGAUGUUUGAAUUGUUGUGUGGACGCUUACCUAGUGACUAUGACCUGUUCCUGCUACACUACAAGCGCUGGUCCAAACCCGGCCUGUCAAAAGAAUGCUGUGACCUCCUCAGGGCUCUCCUGCAUGAGAAGCCAAGCCGGAGACUUGGUCUGGGGCAAAUCAUAUCCCACAAAUGGUUUAAGGUAGUGAAUACAAGAUCAGCUAUAAAGAAUUAACAUCCUCAUGACUCAUGAGAAAGAACCAAAAAGUAAAACCUGUUCUUUUCUGUUUUGUUUCAGGUCGUCUCAUAAGACCAUUCAUCUGGUGUCUCUCGUGCAGCUUUGCGUCUUGCAGGCUGCAGCGGGAGACGCUUUCAUCCCUCCUCUCGCCUCUGCGUCUUGCGGGGCGAGCAAGCCUUGUGUAGCGUCUUGCACCUUGGCUUGAGGAAGCAGUAUUAGCGUCUGGCAGUACUGCUUUCGGAGGGAUGUGUACAUAUUGUAUACAUGUACAUACUUCUUUUGUUUUUCCCAUCAUGGCCACUCCAUUCCUGAGCUUCCUGCCUCCGCUGUCCAAAUGCCAGAGCUCUCUCUUAUUCUCUGCCAACAAGCAAGCUUAAGAUACUAAAGAGGUUCUUGCCAUGGCUGCUCCACACCUGCCAUAGGCACCCCAGUGGUGUCAUUGCCUCCUCUGAGGUUCCUGUAAAGUCAACAGCAACCCUGGGCUCCAGUCUCUCAGACAUCUCUAUCCAGGCCCAGAGGUGUCUACCAUGUCCAUUACUUCUUCAGAGGUUCCUGAAUGUGAUAAGGUUCAGCCACAGCCAGAAAUCAAAGCAUCAAAGUUCAAAAGCGCCCAUCUUAGCCACUCUGGUCUCCAAGCUCCCUUCAUCUGUCAUUGCUUCUUGGUCCAGUUAUUCUUGUUACAGCUGGUAAAGAUAGUCCUGUAUUAGGCGCCAUGGUCUCCAAGCUCCUUGCAAUGCUGUCCCAGAGCUCCCUGCCUUUGAACAAAAGAUUAAAAAUGAAUUUCAGAAUUUCAGAAAAUUUUUUUUAUUAAAGAGACAUUAAAAGUGCACUUCAAAGUGUUGUUAUGACCAGCUUGUUUUAAAACCGCAACAUAACAGAGGGAUCAAACAACAAAGGAUAUCAAUGCAAAUACUUUUAUUGUA